AUGUCGAAGAAAGAGGGUUCAGAGCAGAUAGUUCAGGAAAGUCAACUGAGCCAAGCGAAAACGCUCCUUAAAAACACAGUGACCGAUGUUGCUAGCGCUGCUAGAAUACCAAUCAACUGCUGCAAGAAUCGCAGAAGCUCUUCACCAGAAACUGGUCGAUCGGCAACGCAGAUGACGUGCCUUAGUUCCGCAAGCGAUGAUCGACCCGGAAUUUUGGCUAAACAGAAAUCAUCAAGCAGGUUAUCUCAAUUGGAGAAGGACGACUGGGUUCUUGUUGAUGCUGACAAACAGCCAGGCGGACUUGCGGGCUCUUUCCGGACGCCAGAAGGCUUCAGAUUCGAUCAUGGGUAUACAGUGCUGCCGAGAAGAUAUGAUUUCAUAGAACACGUCUUGGCUGAGCUUGGGCCGAAAUAUGAUGCAGAAGGGAAGCUGAUCAAAAACCGCGAAUUCAUUGAAUUCAUCGAGAAGGUCAGAACCAACUGGGUAAGCUUGCGGAGCCACUUCGUCAAGUUCCCGAUCCAAUCCAACCUCGCCGGUUUACCAGCAAAGGAACAAGCCGAUUGCCUCGCCGAUUUGGUGAAGGCGCAGAUUUUGGCAAAAAAUGUGCCAAACGAAAACCCCCCGAAUAACCUUGAUGAUUGGCUUUUGGAGCAAUGGGGAGAGACCCUUACGAAUCUCUUUUUCCGCCCAAUGAUGUUCAAGACAUGGGCGCAUCCGACAACGAAGCUUGCGCAUAGUUGGGUGCAUAGUAAAAUUCCUCCCACAGAUUUGAAACGUGAUCUUGUAAGAACUUUGGAUGGGGAGCAGAAGGAUGACUUAUGGGGCCAUUCCAGCAGCUUCAAGUACCCAAAACGAAAUGGUCUUGGCGGAGUUUGGAGAAUGCUCGCGAAAAAGCUUCCAAGGAACAACGUGAAAUUCCGAGCUGAAGUCGUUCAAAUUGACCUUGAAGAAAAAGUCGCCAAAACUCGAGAUGAUAUUGAAAUUCGAUACAAGAAUCUUAUCUCAACGAUGCCUCUUUCUACCCUUCUCGAUCUGACCGGUCGAUCAGACGCCGCUGAUCGACUCCUUCACAGUUCUCUCCACCUGGUCUGUCUGGGCUUGCGAGGAACACCAGAAGAUCUAUUCGGCAAAAACGGAGCUAUCUACUACCCAGAAGUGGGAACAAUCUUCCACAAAGCCUGCGUCUUCAGCAAUGUUGAUGCUGAUUCUGUUCCCGAGAAGACAACCGAGCUGAUCACCCUUCGCCGAGCGGACCAAGAAAUUCAAAGCAGAGACGAUGAAAGCUACAAGCCCGGUCCAUAUUGGAGCUUGAUGCUUGAGAUCUCUGAAGGCCCACUAAAAGAAGUCUCUAAUGCAACUUUGGUUGAACAGGUGAUCAUCGAUUGUCUCGGUGUCGGUCUUCUCAAACCAGAUGAUGAAAUCGUGUCCAUGCAUGUCACGCAGAUGACGCACGGCUUCCCGGUGCCGACGAUCGACCGCGACGAGAUUGUUAAUGAACAGUUGGAGUGGUUGAAGUCGCAUAAUGUCUGGAGUAGAGGCCGUUUUGGCGCCUUUAAAUACGAAGUCGGAAACGCUGACCACUGUUUCAUCCAGGGAGUAGAAGCAGUUGACAACAUCGAGUUCGGAACGCCUGAAAGAACAGCGAUGAACCCUAGCGAAGUCAACAAAGUCGGACAAAUGAAUGAAUACCCAAUUCAUGAUGUUGAGCUUCUCAAACAGGAACUCAAGCAAAAACCUGAUCCAGAACCGCCAAUUGAUCCUAUUGAGCCGCCAGACACAGAUAGCGAGGAUAUCCAAAUGGGCAUUAAAUCCGACAGUGUGUCCGAAAUCGCCGCCAGUGAGUCAGAAUCGGCAGUGCUCGUCACCAGGCCGGAUAGCGAAAGGGAUGAUGACACAGUAUCAAACGUUACAGAAGAAGCUACUGAUUGA